AUGUCGGAGGAGCUCCAAGAGGUCAACAUGUCAUAUGUCUUGGCAUGGCAUCCAUAUUCGCGAGCUAACGACCUCCCAGAGGCAUUUGGACAAUUUGCGAAGGAACUCGAAGUUGUUGCUAGAUCCAGAGGUGGUGUGGCCGCUGUAGAUUUAUUCACAGGAAGAGGUUUGCAGAAUGGCUUCCAUAUUGCGAAGACCAUUCUCCAAUCAGUUGUAUUUGGUGUUACAGAUAUAUACGAUUUAUGUCUUCAACAAGCUGAUGAAAUUGAAAAAUGCUGUGUUAUAGAAGAACAUGAUAUGGUUGCAAAAGUUAAAGGUCUUGAGCAAGGAGAAAGAGUUCCUAUCCACUUUGGACCUGUUCCUGAACUCUUUGAUUCCCUUUGCGAAUUCUUGUGCUGCAACAUCCUUCGCCGCGUCUUGGAGAUGUGGAUGGCUGUUGCUUACGUCAAGGCUGCUCAUAAAGUUGCAAAUGGCGAUGCAAAUGCUACAGUACCAAAUGAAAAAAUGAUUAAAUUCCUUACAUACAUAGCAACAGAAUUGUCAGAACCACCGUUAGUUGUUGAUGAUGAUCUUCUCGAAUGGAUCAAAGAUGCAGCUCAGGACGCUAUCAAGGAUAUUGAUGCAAAAUUCCAAGAAUUUAAGGGUCUCUCCGCUCAUCGCGUUGAUGAUUUCAUAUUCAUGAUUAAUUGGCAAAAUCUCUUUAUCAACUUGUACAACGAUAUUCUUGUCAUUUCUGAAAUUAUUUACACAUCUUACGGAAGCAGCAAGUCCUGGGAUCAGUCACCACUUUUACUCCCAAUUGUUAUGAUGAGUGCUGGCGCUGUUUCUCUUCAACGCACUAUUAUGAACGUAUUCAAGACAUGCAUUCCUGAAAACGCUCCAAAGAUGCGUGCUCACCAACGUCUCAUGCAAAAACUAUUUCCAGCUUAA